AUAAAUAAUUUAUACCCAGUAAUGCUUCUAAAAAUAAUUUAAUUAUAAAUUAGUGUAUUAAUAACCUUUGUGCUUUUAAUAAAUUAGUCGGAUUUAAUAUAACACACAUAUAUAUAUAAUCAGUUUUUAUUAUUGUUGCCACGCCUUUGUCUUACUGUCAAGUCAUUGAUUUCCUUUUUUUAAACGGAAAUAUAUACUUCCUGCACUAAAUAAAGCAUCCAACAGAAUAUAUUUUUUCAUUAUAACAUGUGCUUAUUGGUCAAUAAUUGCUGCAUCACCCAAUAACUGAUUUAAUACAUUUUUAAGUAAAAAUAACGUGUUGUCAAUGAUAGAAAUGAUUUUAUUUAUUUAAAAAUUAAAAUUUAAUUAAUUUUAUUUCAAAGAUUUCGGUUGAAACAUUUUGUAGUAAAGUAACUAACUCAGGAUAAAAUCAACAUCCCCUACAUUUAUUUAAUAAAUAUAUAUUCUAUUAUUUUAUCCCCACUAUUUUAGUUUUAGAUCAAAGACGACCGACUCGACGCAACUUUGUUCUCUGGUUGUGUUGACUUUACUAACACCCUGAUUGGCGUCUAACUAUAAAUUACUAGAUUUAUUUUUUUUUAAAUUUAUAAUAAUUCACAAUUGUUUCAAAUUGUUUAUUACAAUUAUUAAUUAAUAAAAUAAUUAACAAUGUCAAGUGAAAGUGUAAAAACGUUUGCUAGUCUUGAGACGCCAGGAUAUGUAGGGUUUGCUAAUUUGCCAAAUCAAGUCCAUAGAAAAUCUGUGAAAAAGGGAUUUGAGUUUACACUGAUGGUUGUUGGUGAAUCAGGUCUAGGAAAAUCGACUUUGGUUAAUAGUCUUUUUUUAACUGAUUUAUAUCCUGAACGAACUAUACCAGAUGCUGUUGAAAAAUCUAAUCAAACAGUAAAGUUGGAUGCUUCAACGGUUGAAAUUGAAGAGCGAGGUGUUAAACUUAGAUUAACAGUAGUUGACACACCCGGAUAUGGAGAUGCCAUUGACAAUACAGAUAGUUUUAGAGCUAUUAUUCAGUACAUUGAUGAUCAAUUCGAACGAUUUCUUCGGGAUGAAAGUGGUUUAAACCGAAGAAAUAUUGUUGAUAAUAGAAUACACUGUUGUUUUUAUUUUAUUUCACCAUUUGGUCAUGGAUUGAAACCUUUGGAUAUUGAAUUUAUGAAACAACUUCAUAAUAAAGUUAACAUUGUACCAGUAAUUGCAAAAGCGGAUGUUCUUACAAAAAAAGAAGUUUUACGUUUAAAGAAACGUGUAAUGGAAGAAAUUGAGGGUAAUGAAAUUAAAAUUUAUCCUUUACCUGAUUGUGAUAGUGAUGAAGAUGAAGAUUAUAAGGAACAAGUGAGACAACUGAAAGAAGCAGUUCCAUUUGCAGUAUGUGGAGCCAAUACCAUGCUUGAAGUUAAAGGACGAAAAGUUCGUGGGCGAUUAUAUCCUUGGGGAGUUGUAGAAGUUGAAAAUCCUGAUCAUUGUGAUUUUAUAAAACUUCGGACAAUGCUUAUUACUCAUAUGCAAGAUUUACAAGAAGUUACUCAAGAAGUACAUUAUGAAAAUUAUCGAAGUGAAAGAUUAGCCAAAGGAGCACCUGUACCUCCUCGAAGGCAAACGGCUGUUGAACCUGUUGAAAAAACUGUUGUCUCAGAAAAAGAUCGUAUUUUACAAGAAAAAGAAGCGGAAUUACGACGAAUGCAAGAGAUGUUGGCUCAAAUGCAAGCACAAAUGCAACAACAACAGCCAUAAUAUUAAAUAUGAUGUUGAUUAACACAAGAAAAAGGUUUCUUUCGACAGGUGCCACAGAUAUAUUGUUAAGUUUAAAUUAAUAUUCAGGCACAAUAUAUAUAACGGUAUUACU